AUGGCUAGGCAAUUGGACAUAAAUGGUCGCAUUUCCAGCCAUACUCUCUCUCGCGCGUUUCUAGAUGCUAACGGCUCGCAGCUGUUCUUGACGGCUACUUUAGGCGCAGUGGAUAAGGUGGCCAUCAGUACGGCGGCCAUCUAUGGGCUCAAAGAUGACCUUCAUCUCGUCGGUCAGCAAUAUUCCUGGGCAGGAUCAAUCCUGUCCAUUGGUGCUAUUGUCGGCAUGUGGCCUUCAUCCUAUCUAGUCCAGCGACUACCCUCUGCCAAAUAUCUUGCCUCGUGCGCUUUCGGCUGGUCGGUCAUGGCCCUCUUGAUUGCGGCAUGUCGAAGCUGGAGUGGACUGAUGGCGCUGCGGUUCUUCAUGGGGUGUCUCGAAGCGAUUAUCGUCCCAUCUGUGACGCUCAUCGUUGCUGGGUUUUACAAAAAGGCGGAACAACCUCCCAGGAAUGCCAUUGUUCUUGCUGCUGUCAGCUCUGUAAUUAAUGGCUUUCUCUCCUGGGCGGUUGGCCAUAUCCCUGAUACAGCCCCGCUGGCUAUCUGGCAGUAUCUCUAUCUGAUUGUCGGAACUAUAUCUAUCUCCUGGGCCAUUGUCGCAUUCAUAUUUCUUCCAGACUCUCCCAUGAAUGCUAGAUUCCUGACAGACCAGGAGAAAUACUAUGCAGUGCAGCGUGUGGCAGAGAACAAGACCGGCAUUGUCAACAAGCAGUGGAAGCCCGAUCAGGCCUUGGAGGCGGUUAUGGAUCCCAAGACCUGGACUCUUUUUCUCUUCAACAUUGCUAUCAAUAUUCCCAACGGAGGUAUGCACCGUGUCCCUAGGACAGUUUGCCCCGCUGACAACUCAGGUCUCACCACGUUCAGCGGCAUCAUCAUUAACAACCUAGGCUUCUCCCCCGUUACUACAUCCCUCCUGAACAUGCCCACGGGGAUCAUGUCAACCCUCUCUGCCUUUGGUUUCUCGUGGUUGGCUGCGCGAUGGACGAACCGCCGUUGCCUUGUUACUAUGAUCGCAGCGUGUCUGCCGAUCAUCGGGUCUGUGGUAGUAUACACGCUCCCGCGGACGAAUAUCGCAGGGCAGAUGGUCGGAAUAUACCUGCUGUAUACCUACUUCGGGCCGUACGUCGUCGCUCAUGGCGCAGGCAUCUCCAUGGGCCAGGCAAAUACCGCCGGACAUACGAAGAAGAACGUCCAGUACUCUAUUCUUUACAUCGGGUAUGCCGUGGGAAACCUUAUCGGCCCACAGACCUUCCGCGCGAACCAAGCCCCAGCAUACACGGGCGGAUUCAUCGCAAUGCUGGUGUCGUACUGCGCCUGCGUGGGCCUGAUAGCGGUCUACUGGGCUAUCGUCGCGCGGUACAACCGUCGACUUGACGGGCUCGAUCCGGAGACGGGGGCUUCGAAGGGUCCUUGCACCGAGGAGCAGCCGCGAUGUCGGCGGUGCGAGAGGCUCAAUCUAGACUGUCAGCGGGGGCUGCGACUGGUAUUCCGCGAGGAUGCAAUGCAGCGCGGAAUCAGCUUUGGUCGGAAAGGACGGUGGUCAAAGAGGAAUACAGGAACAGGAUGUAAUGAUGCCAUCUCGAUUCCUGACACUGUGGAAGCAUUCUGCAGCGUCCCUCUCGAUGACUAUAUCGGUCGAUGGGUGUUUCUCAAUUCGAGCAGUCGUGACUUCGCUAAGGACUCUGGAACAUACCCACACGCAGUCCCUAGUGAGGUGUCCACCACGACGAUACCCGCACAAGAUGAAGACCUGUCCUUGGUACCGACCAGUCUCGGACACCCCCUCGCCACAUACUCAGCAGUCGAACAAUAUCUCCUCAACUACUUCAUCGAAGGGAUCGGUCCGUCCUGCUCCCUCAGCCCCCUCGCCAAUCCCUAUAUCUCGCACAUAACGCCUCUCGCAUUCGAAGACGACACCCUCCGAUGCGCCCUGCUCGCCGUCGCAGGAAACCAGCGACGUUUACUGGGCGACACCCGGUUCCAGCGCGAGACCCUGUUAUACAAGAACAGGGCGUUGGCGGGUCUGCAGCGCUGCAUCGCGCAGGGGGUGGUUGACGACGGGCCUACCGCCACGAUCCUCAUGCUGUGCUUCCACGAUAUCUCGGAUGAAUGCGACCCCUCCUGGGUCACGCACCUGCAGGCCGGUCUGGAGCUGGUGUAUCGACGUCCUGCGGGGAGCGUUGGCAGCGAGACCCUGCGCCGGUUCUUUGCGAUGUAUUUUGUCGCGCACGAUAUUAUGAGUCGCACGGCGUCUGGGGUGCGGGAGCGACGGGAUGGUUCGUAUAUCUGGACGGAGGUGGAGGAUAUAGACGAGAUCGAUAUGGUCAUGGGCUGCUCGCGCCGUCUCAUGGCCUUGAUCGACGAGAUAUCGAAUCUAACUGAUACAUCCGACUACUACCAAAGCAUCGGUGACAUCUCAACCGCGCUCUGCACCCUCACGCAAACCCUCCCCGCCCAUUCCAGCCAUAGAGCAGACGUGGCUCAAAUCGCCGAGACGAAACGCCUGGCCGCGUUGCUGUACCUCAUCGAACGGGCCAGUCGGCGUGUGCCUCCCCCAAACGGCGCAGGCUCGCCGUUGGAUAAGCUGAACAAGCAUCACAUCGUCACUGCCCUGAUCAAAAUGCUGUCCACCCUCCCAGACGCAGCCACCCUGCUCUGGCCGCUGUAUAUCCUCGGCAAUGCCGGUCUCGAGAACGAAGAGCACCGCCGCUUCAUCCUCGACCGGCUCCAUCGCAUGCAACGCACGCGCAAUCUCGGCAGUGUGCGACGGGCCCGGAAGGCGGUUAAGCGGGCGUUUCAGCUGAGGGAUCUGGAUCAUGGACGGAGGUGGGGGGUUGAUGGUGUUGAAUUUAUUAGUUUAGCCUGA